AUGUCUGAGAAGCAAGGCUGUGCAGGAAAAGUCAUUCAAAUCUGGCCAGACGAUCUUUUAGACGUAACAGGAGCAGAGUAUAGUAGAUUUCUAAUAAAGUUUAGUGCUGUCAACUGUUCCCCCUGUGAGAAUCUACAGGCAUUUUUGGACAGUGGACUGCUGGAACUUGAGCAUGACCUACCUGUCUUUCAGAUUAAAGCCAAAGACAACACAACAAACGUGUACAACGAUCUGAGAAAGUUCUUCAAGUUCAAGACUCUGCCAUACUGUGUAGUCACAAGUACAUCGCUAGACGUUAUUGACCAUAUGGCUGGGUUCUCAGACCCCGAAAUCUUCAAGAGCUUUAUCUACAAGAACUUUAAUGUAUCUCAAUAA